AUGAAAUGAGAUGUUCCCUGGUACAUUGUCAACGGAAUCAAAAUGGCGGCCGAUUCAACGAAAUCCUCGAAGUUCUAAUGAGUUUUCGUGCUUUGUGUGUUGUUUGAAGACUUUAUCGAAAAGGUAGUAGCUCUAAGAUGGACUGGAAGAAAGCCCUAAAGGCCCAUGUUGCUGGGAAGCCAACAAGAUCAGAAGAGGAGAAGCGGUCAGAAGAGACACAGCUGUUUACUGAGUUGUACUGUCAGUGGAAGGGUGUCCAACCCAACCGUCAGGUAGGGGCUAACUCCUCACAACAGCAUGAGAGUUUUAAGUCCAUCCCCAAGUUCUACUUCAAGUUGCCAGCAGAAGAUGAAGUUCUGCAGCAGAAACUGAGGGAAGAAUCUAGAGCAGUAUUCCUCCAGAGAAGGAGCAGACAGCUGUUAGACAAUGAUGAGCUGCAGAGCCUGUGGUUCCUCCUGGACAAGCACCACACACCUCCACUCAUGGGCGACGAGAAAAUGAUCAACUAUGAGGACUUCCUCAAGGUAUCCCUGGAGGCAGGGCCUAAGUGUAAGACGUACUUCACAGCCACAGUGUUUGCCAAGCUGUUGCAGAAGGAUCCAUAUGGCAGAAUCUCCAUCAUGCAGUUCUUCAACUACGUCAUGAGAAAGGUAUGGCUGCACCAGACUAGGAUUGGCCUGAGUCUGUACGAUGUGGCUGGCCAGGGCUACCUGAAGGAAGCGGACCUGGAGAACUACAUCCUGGAGCUGAUCCCCACCCUGCCCCAGCUGGAUGGGCUGGAGAAAUCCUUCUACUCCUUCUACGUCUGCACAGCUGUCAGGAAGUUCUUCUUCUUCCUGGAUCCUCUCAGGACAGGCCGCAUCAAGAUCCAGGACAUCCUGGCCUGCAGUUUUCUGGAUGACCUGCUGGAGUUACGAGAUGAGGAUCUGUCCAAGGAGAUGCAGGAGUCCAACUGGUUCUCUGCACCUUCUGCACUCCGUGUGUACGGACAGUACCUUAACCUGGACAAGGACCACAAUGGUAUGUUGAGUAAGGAAGAGCUCUCCCGCUACGGAACAGGCACCCUCACUCCCGUCUUCCUCAACCGAGUCUUCCAAGAAUGCCUCACAUAUGAUGGAGAGAUGGACUACAAGACGUACCUGGACUUUGUUCUGGCCAUGGAGAAUCGGAAGGAACCUCAAGCUCUGCAGUACAUCUUCCGUCUUCUUGACAUCCAGAACCGCAACUACCUGAACAUUUUCGCCCUGAACACUUUCUUCCGAGCCAUCCAGGAACAGAUGAAGAUCCACGGCCAGGAGCCGGUCUCGUUCGAGGAUGUGAAGGACGAGAUUUUUGACAUGGUGAAGCCGGCAGACCCGCUGAAGAUCACGCUACAGGAUCUCAUCAACAGCAGUCAGGGUGAGACGGUCACCAACAUCCUGAUUGACCUGAACGGUUUCUGGACGUAUGAGAACAGGGAAGUCUUGGUGCAGGAAAACCCUGUGGAUGAUCUGGAGAACUUUGGAGAGGGGGAGGAAGUCUAGUUUGUCUGUACAAACAUGUAGUAAUGAUUUCAAGUAUCAAACAGUUGCUGUACAUAUUAGGUCUCUGUAUCAUUGACUGAUUUGAGGCAUCAUCAGUGAACAGGCGUAUACCAUGUACCAAGAAUAUUCUCAAAACAACCUUACACAAAACAAAUAAGCAGACAGUUGUUUUUAUACCUUAUUUUAAUCUUAUCUGUUGUGUCAGACUAUGGAGACAUCAGGCAAAGGUAUUAAACAUACCACAAAAUAUAUGUUUGGAAAUAACCAUACACCAACCAUUAUUAAAAUUUGCACAUUUU